CUUUGCACUGCACUGGACUAUGACUCUGAUUUUUGGCACAUGCUGUCAUACACAAAGUUCCUAAAAUAAAAUGCUCCAGGAUAGCCUAGGAACUCUUAGAAGGCUUUAAAAGGAGACUCACACACUGAAAGAAUAUCUUUGAUGAAGACAAUUCAGGCAAGCAGAAUGAUUAUUGCAACAGAACUAUAUGAUUAAUUGAGAUCUUGAAGUGGGUCCCUCGAAUCCUCGCCACCUAACUUAUGGUUUAGGAAGUUUCACAAGAAUCCAGUUUUGAUAAAACAAUUGUUUUUUUCCUCCCCGAGUGACUAUACAUUUAAAUAGCUAAAACAUCUGUUCAGCAACAUAGUAAAACAUGUAUACUCGGAACGCUUGAGAGAAGAGCCUGCCAAACAAUCGGUUGAGAGGGACUUUGCUGAGGGAGAGCACCAAGAUAAAGCAACCACUGUUUGUUUUGUCUAGUCAGGGGGAAAGCCAAGGCAACCAAUAUUUGGGGUUUUAAAAUUUUCACUUGUGAAGAAUUAUUUGAGAAGGGGUGGCGAGGGGAGAUUUCCUGACAGGAUUUUUUUAAGCUGUCCAUUAGUAGAAGAGCAAGAGAGCCUUGGAUGUCAACGCCUAACAGACUCUUGAGACUAGCCACCAAACCACGAAAAGUGACUUUCUUCUCUUGUGCUCUCUACGGCCCUUCUGAUGGAAGCAGAACCAGGGAGCAGUGUGGAAACUGGAAAGACGGCCAACAGAGGCGUUCAAAUCGCCCUGGUCGUGUUUGUCGGCAGCACCCUGGUGUUGGGCACGAUCCUCUUUCUAGUGAGUCAAGGUCUCCUAAGUCUCCAAGCUAAACAGGAGUACUGCCUAAAGCCAGAAUGCAUUGAAGCUGCUGCUGCCAUCUUGAGUAAAGUAAAUCUGUCUGUGGAUCCUUGUGAUAAUUUCUUCCGGUUUGCUUGUGAUGGCUGGAUAAACAAUAAUCCAAUUCCUGAAGAUAUGCCAAGCUAUGGGGUUUAUCCUUGGCUGAGACAUAAUGUUGACCUCAAGCUGAAGGCACUUUUAGAGAAGUCAAUCAGUAGAAGGCGGGACACCGAAGCCAUACAGAAAGCCAAAAUCCUUUAUUCAUCCUGUAUGAAUGAGAAAGCAAUUGAAAAAGCAGACGCCAAGCCAUUGCUACACAUCCUGCGGCAUUCACCCUUCCGCUGGCCCGUGCUUGAAUCUAAUAUCGGUCCUGAAGGGGUUUGGUCAGAGAGAAAGUUCAGCCUUCUGCAGACGCUUGCAACGUUUCGUGGUCAAUACAGCAAUUCUGUGUUCAUUCGUUUGUAUGUGUCUCCUGAUGACAAGGCAUCCAAUGAACAUAUUUUGAAGCUGGACCAAGCAACGCUCUCCCUAGCUGUGAGGGAGGACUACCUUGAUAACAGUACAGAAGCCAAGUCUUAUCGGGAUGCCCUUUAUAAGUUCAUGGUGGAUACUGCUGUGCUUUUAGGAGCUAACAGCUCCCGAGCAGAGCAUGACAUGAAGUCGGUGCUUAGACUGGAAAUUAAGAUAGCCGAGAUCAUGAUUCCACAUGAAAACCGAACUAGUGAAGCCAUGUACAACAAAAUGAACAUUUCUGAACUGAGUGCUAUGAUUCCCCAGUUUGACUGGCUGGGCUAUAUCAAGAAGGUCAUUGAUGUCAGACUCUACCCACACCUAAGAGACAUCGGCCCCUCAGAGAAUGUGGUGGUCCGAGUCCCACAGUACUUCAAAGACUUGUUUAGGAUAUUAGGCUCUGAACGGAAGAAGACCAUUGCCAACUAUUUGGUGUGGAGAAUGGUUUAUUCCAGAAUUCCAAACCUUAGCAGACGCUUUCAAUAUAGGUGGCUGGAAUUCUCACGGGUAAUCCAGGGGACUACAACUUUGCUGCCUCAGUGGGACAAAUGUGUAAACUUUAUCGAAAGUGCCCUCCCUUAUGUUGUUGGAAAGAUGUUUGUGGAUGUGCACUUCCAGGAAGAUAAGAAGGAGAUGAUGGAAGAGUUGAUUGAAGGUGUUCGCUGGGCCUUUAUUGACAUGCUGGAGAAAGAAAAUGAGUGGAUGGAUGCAGGGACAAAAAGGAGAGCCAAAGAAAAGGCAAGAGCUGUUUUGGCAAAAGUUGGCUAUCCUGAGUUUAUAAUGAAUGAUACUCAUGUUAAUGAAGACCUCAAGGCAAUCAAGUUUUCAGAAUCUGACUACUUUGGCAACAUCCUGCAAACCCGCAAGUAUUUAGCACAGUCUGAUUUCUUCUGGCUGAGAAAAGCUGUUCCAAAAACAGAGUGA